UUGAAUCUUAAAUCCAGUCGUCGAUCUGCUGAAACUCCGAUCAGUCCAAUUCGAAAUUGAUUCUUUUGAAUUUUUCUUUUGUUGAUUCCAAACUUACAUAGAUCAUAUGUAAUCUUGGAUGAUUCUUCUGUGUUAUACUAGUUCUGAUUGAUUCCGAGCAAAGUGACGUCGUUUUGUAAAUUUUUUGGAGUUAGAAUGUCUGGAAGAGACCGAUACCACCGAGAGAUUCAAGACCCUUACCAUGACCGACGUCGUUUCUCUCCAGAGAGACCAUUCCUUCGAGCACCUCCACCUCCAUCAUUGUUAGAAGAUCUUCAGAUACAAGAAGCUGAAAUCCGGAGGCUUUUGGGUGAUAACCACAGACUAGCUGACGACCGUGUGCUCCUGGAGAGAGAGCUCGGUUCUGCCAAGGAAGAGCUUCACCGGAUGAACCUGAUGGUUUCUGAUCUCCGUGCCGAGCAAGAUCUGCAGUCGAGGGAGUUCAGUGAGAAGAGGCAUAAACUUGAGGCGGAUAUUCGUGCUAUGGAGUCUUACAAGAAGGAGGCUGUACAGCUGCGUGGCGAAGUUCAGAAGCUGAGUGAGAUCAAACGUGACCUGAGUGGAGACGUUCAGAUACUUAGGAAAGAUUUGGUGAAGUUGCAGUCGGAUAACAAGCAGAUCCCUGGGUUGAGAGCUGAGGUUGAUGACCUGCAGAAGGAGCUUAUGCACGCUAGAGGGGCUAUUGAUUAUGAGAAGAAGGAAAAGUUUGAGCUUAUUGAACAGCGGCAGAUAAUGGAAAAGAACAUGGUUUCUAUGGCCCGUGAAGUUGAAAAGCUACGAGCUGAACUUGCGACUGUUGAUAGUAGGCCCUGGGGUUUUGGUGGAUCGUAUGGGAUGAAUCUCGGCAGUAUGGAUGGCGCUUACCGUGGUUCUUAUGGAGAAACCGAUGGUUUUCUGGGAUCUUCGGAAAGGAGUCAAUAUUACAGCCAUGGGUCUGGUUCGCAGAAGAAGCCUCGCUUGGAUCGUCACUGAAUCAUAAAUAAUAUUUGGAAAAGAGAAAGG